AAUACCAUGCUUUCUCUUCCUCACUCAUGACUAUUAUAAAACACUUUGUUUCAUUUGCUUAAUUAGUUUCAAAAUCUCUCCACAAAAUGGGUUAUUUCAAUUGCAUUGCUUUAGCAUGCUUGAUGGCUUUGUCGUUUUCAAGCAUUGAUGUUGGCCUAGCAACUCGUCACCUUCAGCAGAUGCCACCAAUGCCAACAUUGCCUACAACUACACUCCCACCAUUGCCAUCUAUCCCUAAUCUCCCCCAGCCAACAAUGCCUAGGCCUGGGGCGCUUCCACCACUUCCUACCAUGCCUGCUUUGCCUACUUUUCCUGCUAUACCAACGGCCACACUGCCUCCUCUGCCAAGCAUGCCUUCAAUCCCAACAAUCCCAACUGCAAUUCCCUCAAUUCCAUUCCUUUCUCCACCACCUUCUCCUUCUUCUACUCCUUGAAAUACCCAUUUCUUCCCGUCUAUUGACAGAUAAAAUGUGGCUACAUAUAUACUGGAUUUUGUUUAAGGUGUUUUUAGUCGUCUUCGUCUUUUGAUUUGGAGUAUUGUUUGUUCUUCAACACAGAUAGUAUUUGUUUGUAGAAAUGGGAGAUUCCCAUUUUCCAUAAUCUGUUGUACUGUGAUUUGUUAUUUGCUUGUUAUGGGAGUAUAUUCAUGAAAUCUGCUUGAUUACCUCUUGCAA